AUGACCUCAGAAAGUUCUCCCCUCCUCCAUUACCGCCUCUUCAGCGUGUCCGAUGGGUCCCUGGGGUCUACAGCCUCCGCCCUCUGCGAUGUGGAGCCAACCACAGUGGGCACCACUGGCCCUACCCCACGCAAGCUCUCCACCUUCUUCGGGGUUGUUGUUCCAACUGUCCUCUCCAUGUUCAGUAUUGUGGUCUUCAUGAGAAUUGGUUUCGUGGUGGGCCACGCUGGUCUCCUCCAGUCUCUUCUCAUGCUCUUCGUUGCUUACGCCAUCAUCUGGUUGACGGUGCUCAGCGUUUGUGCCAUUUCUACCAAUGGGGCGGUCCAAGGAGGCGGAGCCUACUUUAUGAUCUCAAGGACCCUGGGCCCAGAGUUUGGCGGCAGCAUUGGACUCAUGUUCUACUUGGCCAACGUGUGUGCGUGUGGAGUUUAUGUUCUCGGUUUGGUGGAAGGAGUUCUGGAUAUCUUUGGGCAGGACUCGUCUGAUCCCACCAAUCGGCUACGGUCCUUGCCCCAGGGUUAUGGCUACAGCUUCCUUUAUGCUAGCGUGGUGCUCCUCCUCUGUCUGUCAGUCUGUCUGGUUGGCGCUUCCAUCUACUCCCAAGCGGCUUUCUUCAUUUUUAUUCUGGUCACCGUGGUUCUUUUGUCCAUUUUGCUCAGUUUUUUAGCCGUUGGGCCACGCCAAAUCACUAUUCGCCAUGGAGGGAAUGUGACUAUGACAGGAGAGUACACCGGACUAAAUAGUACCACGCUGCAUAACAAUCUACAAGCCGACUACUCCUUGGAUUAUACCACAGGAAACAUCAUGAAUUUCGCCACCGUCUUCGCUGUGAUGUUUAAUGGAUGCACUGGUAUCAUGGCUGGAUGUAAUAUGUCUGGGGAACUGAAGCAGCCGAGCCGCGCCAUUCCUAUCGGUACCAUCAUAGCCGUGAUCAUCACAUUCUUUGUCUACCUCAUACUCUUCCUCCUUACAGCUGCGACCUGUGACAGGACAUUGCUGAGAGAAGAUUAUGGAUUCUUUCGGCCUAUCAAUGUCUGGCCUCCAUUUGUCCUAAUCGGAGUCUAUGCCACCUCUCUGUCUGCCUCCAUGAGCACUCUUAUUGGGGCAUCUCGCAUCUUACACGCUCUUGCCAAGGAUGAUCUAUUUGGAAUUCUCCUUGCUCCUGCAAAGCUCAUAUCCAAGGGAGGCAACCCCUGGGGAGCGGUGGUGUAUACCUGGGCCCUGGUGCAGCUGGUUCUGCUGGCCGGAAAGUUGAACACCAUCGCUGGUAUAGUGACGGUUUUCUACCUCAUGGCCUACGCAGCCAUAGACCUCGCCUGUCUUGCACUUGAGUGGGCGUCUGCGCCGAACUUCCGGCCCACGUUCCGUCUCUUCUCCUGGCAUACCUGCCUACUGGGAAUCUUCAGCUGCCUGGUGAUGAUGUUUCUCAUUAACCCAGCGUAUGCCUCUGGCAGCAUUGUCCUACUUCUCCUCCUUUUGGGAUUUAUCCACUUCAGGAGUAGCAGCAGCAGCUGGGGAUACAUCAGCCAGGCCCUUAUAUUCCAUCAGGUCAGGAAAUAUCUGCUGCUUUUGGAUGUUCGCAAGGAACAUGUGAAGUUCUGGAGGCCACAGAUUCUUCUUAUGGUGUCCAACCCGAGGACUUGCUGCCAACUCAUCAAGUUCAUCAAUGAUCUGAAGAAAGGCGGACUCUUCAUCAUGGGUCAUGUAGAAACUGGAGAUUUAGAUACCCUCCCGUCUGACCCGGUGCAGGCACAUUACAGCUUUUGGCUCAGUCUGGUGGAUAAAUUAAACGUUAAAGCUUUCGUGGAUCUGACCCUGAGUCCAUCGGUACGACACGGAACCCAACAGCUGCUGCGCAUCACGGGGUUAGGUGGCAUGAAGCCGAACACCUUGGUUCUUGGAUUCUAUGAUGAUUCCACCCCAGAGGAUUACUUUCUGCAGGACUCUGCCUUCACCCCCGGUCUGUCUCCAAAUGAUGACCCCUUCGGUGUAGACGCCACGUCCUUGCAGGCUCACUUUCCUCCUGUCCGUAGUCCGGAGAGUUCUCACCAUCUGGAACCUAAGGAGUAUGUGGCCAUAAUCUGUGAUGCCCUGAAGAUGCAUAAAAACAUUGUGUUGGCGCGGGGAUUCCCCUCACUUGUGCGGCCGGGAGCUUCCAGCUCCAAUGGGGCCCUAUACAUUGACGUGUGGCCCUUGGAUCUCCUCCGGGCUCAGGCUUGUGCCUACGUAGAUGUCUGCAGUUUAUUUUUGCUCCAGAUGGCGUGCAUCCUGAACAUGGCUGCCUCCUGGCGCCGGUACCAGCUCCGCGUCUUUCUCUGUGUUGAGACAUCAGGUGCCGGCGGUAACAACGGCCUAUUGGCGGCAGAAGUCAAGUUCAGAGAAUUACUGGUCAAGUUGCGUAUCCGAGCUGCCAUCCGGGUGGUGGACUGGGAUCGUGUGGCGGUGCUGCGGGGGCAGGGGGUAGAACAUACAGGCCUUACUCGUGAGCCCAUGUCUGCCGAGUAUCUGAAGGCGGCCAACCAGGCGGUGCUGGAGGAAGGUGGCACGGAGUCCGCUGUGCAGUUCCUCUACCUCCCCCGCCCGCCUGCAGACCCUGCUCUACAUGAACGUUACUUGGAAGAACUGGACGCCCUGACGAUGGGGCUGGGUCCCACACUACUGAUCCACGGCCUGACUCCGGUCACCUGCACUGAGCUUUGAUGGGACCUUCGCAUCUAAUCCUCAAGGACCUUCUGCAGCCUCCUGAAGACAGCACCUUCUAGAACCUUCCAACGCAAUAAUGAACCACUUGCCAUCGGCACCCCCCAUCCUCCAUAGCAGGGUGCCGAUCCUCAGCUCAGUCCCGGUAGUCAUCUACCAGGACUGUGGAGUCUGUCAAACCCUCUAAUAUUUGUUGUCCGCUCCUCCUCCCGUAUAUGAAUACAUUUCCUGUACUUUAUGUAAAUAUUUACGAUACUUCCAUUUAAUAAUAUUAAUAAUUAUUUACAUUUUAUAUAUCUUUUCUACCAAACACCCCUCCUCCCAGAUUUGACUCCACAGACCUGGUCAGGACAUUAUGGCUGGAGAUCAGCAGCAGCCGAUGCUCCUGAUCCCUGGCGUUCAUCUUAUGGCGGUCUGCAGUGAAUUUCUAUCGUCUUUCUCCACUUAAAUUUUAGUUGCUUUUUGAAUGUUUUUGUUGCACUUUACACAGACAGCUGUUUUAUGUUGUCUGGCUCAGUCAUUGGCUGGACUUUAGGGCUGGAUCGGGUGGACCGGAGCUGAGCUUUGUAUAAGAGCGCCCCCCAGGGAUUGUGUGGUUUUAUUUAUUUUUAGUCACGUGUCCUGGGUUACAUCCAAAUCUGCAUCACAACUUUACCGUACCCACUCAGAGCUGCACUCACGAUUCUGCUGCCAUGUCAUAUAGUUGUAAUGUUUGCUAUUCAGUCACAACCAGAGCUGCCCUCAUGAUUUACUCUUCUAUUAUGUCUUACAUUCCGUUAACUCAGUAGUUCAUUUAUGUUGCACUUCAUUCACCUCCAGAGCUGUAUUCACAAUUCUGACGUU